CAACAGCUCCUGCUCCGUCCUGUAAAUCUUCGGGAAGACAACGAGGAGGAGCAGAUGGGGCACUGAAGGAUGCAGCCGUACCCUGCCGAAGCAUCAGCUGCUGUCCCUGGCGCCGCCCGAUCUCUCUCUCUUUCCUAGCCCCACCCCCUCCUCGCUUCGUCUCUAACCGCCAGGCUCCCAGCUGGAUAUUGGACAGAACUGGCAGAAACGAAGGGUUUUUUUUAAUGCAAAGUCUUUAAAUUGCUCCCUGAAACUGAGGUUGAUCUUGCCUGUUGAAGGAAGAAUGGCUCUUGCGCUAGAACUAGGAGCCCUGUGCUUACUCUUGGGAAUUCUAACAGGGUGUUUCUGCGAACAGUGCAGAGAAGGCGCCAAGUAUUCAGAUGCAAUAAUAUCUCCUAAUUUAGAAACCAUGAAGAUUAUGCGGGUCCCCCAUGCUGUGUCGGUGUCAGACUGCACGGCAGCCUGUUGCGAUCUUUCUGACUGCGACUUGUCCUGGAUGUUUGAACGGCACUGCUACAUCGUCAGUUGCCAACGUAAAGGGAACUGCGAGCCCAAGAAGAUGGAGAAGGUGAAGUCCUCUUUGACUUUUGUGCUAAGGCCUCCCCAGAGGCCCUCUGCACCACUGGGGUACGGGCAGGUCCUCCGC